AUACUCCGAUUGUCUAGUUACCUAGAAGAAUUGGAUCGUUCCAUCGACUGGCUUGCAAAUCUUCCAAAGUCAAGCGUUGACCACUACUUUUGUUCAAGUCCAAGUGGUCUCUGUACGAAUCCCACUCUAGAUCUCCUUUCUACUACAUCAGCAGCACUGGAGUCAAUGCGACUUGACAGUGUCCGAGGUACGGAGAAGGAGGAGGUGACGACCAUCAUGCAUGGAGGUUCCAACAGUCAAUCCUCAAUUGACUUUACGGUAUCUACUACCCCAAGUAGGCAACGGCUUAGUAACUCAAAGACUGAAACAAGAAGUAAUGAGUCAAUGAGUCCUCUUCCAGAAAUCCGGUCUAUAGAGUCAAAUCUUCCCGGUUUAGCCUCACCUUCAGUCGGUUCCCCUUCAACCACUAUCAGUAGCAACGGUAGCAACCCUACUAUGACUCAAGCGUCCACUAUACUCCAAUUGUCUAGUUACCUAGAAGAAUUGGAUCGUUCCAUCAACUGGCUUGCAAAUCUUCCAGAGUCAAGUGUUGACCACUACUUUUGUUCAAGUCCAAGUGGUCUCUGUACGAAUCCCACUCUAGAUCUCCUUUCUACUACAUCAGCAGCACUGGAGUCAAUGCGACUUGAUAGUGUCCGAGGUACGGAGAAGGAGGAGAUGACGACCAUCAUGCAUGGAGGUUCCAACAGUCAAUCCCCAAUUGACUUUACGGUAUCUACUACCCCAAGUAGGCAACGGCUUAGUAACUCAAAGACUGAAACCAGAAGUAAUGAGUCAAUGAGUCCUCUUCCAGAAAUCCGGUCCAUAGAGUCAAAUCUUCCCGGUUUAGCCUCACCUUCAGUCGGUUCCCCUUCAACCACUAUCAGUAGCAACGAUAGCAACCCUACUAUAACUCAAGCGUCCACUGUAGGGCCGGAAUUAAUCCCAAGACUGAGGCCGAUUCCGAAGACAGGACAGGAAAGGAAAGGCAGAAUAAACGCUGGGGAAGAUACAGAACACGAGCAAAUUAGGCACCCCGACGAUGGGGAAUCCCUCCGAGAGCGUUACUUGCGCCAGCUGAAACGUAGUCGGGCCCUCUUGCGCAGUGCAUUGUACAACAAGCGAGAUUGCUAG